GGACGGACAAGGGUCCCGAGUGUGAAUAAACUCGUCCGCUACAGGAAAAAAGCGAGAUAAAUCCUGGAAUUUUUCGGUGCCAUUUGUUUCGCAGAGUCAUGCUCGAUCGAAUUGUUGUGCAAGUCGAACAAGCACUCAACUACAUGUGCACGAGAAUGAUUACAAAUUCAAGCUUCCAGUAUGUGGACUUGCUUCAUCGAGACGAUUGCCUGCUUCGCAAUUCCAACGACUCAUGCUUUGACGAUACUUCUGGCAAGAAGUAAAACUAAAACCUCUACCUUGCACAACCAAACUGAAAUAGGGAUCGAUGGACACGCACGCCACGCAGCGCGGGCCGGUGUGUGUUGAUCAUUUUCGGUCCAGAAGGCUAGUAGUUCGCUUGUGCAGCUCCUGAGUAGACACGGCGAGCCAGGUCGUUCCUUCAAAAAAAAAGCGCUCGUAGACCGAAAAAGGUCAACAUCUAGUACUGCUGGGUUGUACUAGAAGAAGAAAAUAAAAGAGCCAGAUAUGGACGACGACUUCGGGAACGUGGACGACAUCCUCGGAGAUGCGUUUCGCAUCAAAAACAGCUCCGACGAGGAGUGGCUACAGCCCAGUACUACGACUAACGUACAGAUUUCCUCGUCCUCUGCCUCGUCACUCUCCUCUGACGAGAACGUUAACGGCGGGAACACGACUUCGCCACCAGGCGCAGUUGCUUCAGACAGCAAAAGCGCGACUGGACAGCAGCUUUUCGGCAGUUCUUCGGACGAGGAUAUUUUUGCGCCGCGAGUGCGAGGGAUGAGUGGCGAUCUGUUCCUCGCCCCGGUGGGAGCGGGAGCAGAUGAAAACGCCGUCAGGACAAGUGCGGCCUCCUCGUCGACUAGCAGAAGACCGCGGGACGAAGACGCCGGCCUGGAUGCUGCAGCGGAUCUUCAGACUCCUCCCCCUGCGGAAGCUGGUGCAGGGGAGGAAGACCACGCUGGAGAUGAGGAAGUAGAAGAUAUCCCUCCAAGCUCGCCCGAAGACAGGGAUCCCUGGCUAGAAAAUGACGCCAGCAGCCCGGAGGAUGCAAGAUCGCUUGAUCUUGAUGGCGCACACACAACAACAUCGCCACGACACGCGGGGGGCGGCGCCAGCGAUCUUCCGAUUAUGGCAGAGGACGACUGCGGGGCGGUGGAAAACAGCACGCAGGCAGCUUCCUCGUCGGGAGCAAGCGCAGCCUCUUCCUCGUCGACGGAGAUACAUAGACUAGAUACCUCCGAUCACGAGAGACACCUGUUCUCUUCCGAUAAUCCUGCACCACAUCAUCUUCCUCACGCACCAGCAGAUGAUCAUACCGAAGUAGACGCAGAAGCCUUUAGUACGACCGCGCCCACUGCAUUUCAGCCAGGAGACGAGGCGGGCGCGGAUCAUGUUGCUCUUGAUGCAGACGACGUGACCAUUUCAAAAAGCGUGUCUGCUGCAUCAACGACUGCGAUGGUUCGAGUGGAGUCCGCUCCGAUCGAGAUUGUGGUCGUCGAACCCCCCUUGUCGCGAGUGAACACGCACGCAAGCGACAUCAUGGCAACUACACCAGCGUCGACUGGCGACUGCGACGGUCUUGAACAGAAUGACUGCGCUGUUGCUUUGGACGAAACCUGUUCCACACGAGAACCGGCUCAAGUCGUAGAUGAUCCAGGAGCGGGAAGCGCUGCAUCUUCAUCCCUGCCGGAUAACUACGAUACGCAACAUGUGGAAAGCGUCGCCUCCGCGGUUGAGUUCAAUUCACGUCCACCAGAGGUAUUGCCAUUUUCGAGUUCCUCCUCGUCUUCCUCAAGUAGUGCCGAGGUUGACACCUACCCGGCGCCUGCCGCCGAGCUAGAGCCACGCGGACAAGAUGCACAAACGGGCGACACGGGGGUGCCGGUGCCCGCGCGGUCCCCCUUUCCAGCGAGUUCGCCCACCGUGCCUCCGAAUAUCAAACAGAAAGGCACGAGUAUUUACCAUCAGUUCUACGAAGAAGACGACCAGUACAUGGCCAAUUUUCGCAAGGACCUGCGCCGCGACCAGCUCACCGUCGAAGAAGUGUUUGGGGACGCAAAUAACUCCAUCUACAAAGACGCUGUCACCAACGCGGUCCUUUCCAGUUCUUCGGCCCGAAGUGAUUUUACCGCGCACCUGGGUGCCGCAAUCGGUCAAGCGCAAAGCCAAGGUACCUUUACUAAUCAAUGCUGGUCGUGUAGUCAUCUGAACCACAAGAUAGAAAAGCAACGGACAUCGAUGGAAUUGUCGAUCCAGAGCCCCCGCGCCUCCGUGUUCGGAUUUUCUACAUGUUUUUCUUUGCAGCUUCUGGUUCUGUUCAGUUGUUUUGAUGUUCAUUUCAAUGGUAAUGCAAAUGCUAAUGUCAUCUGCCGACCAAAUCCAAAUCAAAUCUAAAUGUUUGCCUUCAACUGCAUCCUCAACAUUGUGCAGCUGCAGCCGCCGCGUCGGGUAGUGGAGCUGCCAAUCAUGCGUCGAACCGUGGGAGCUUUGUCUCCGGCGGAGCCGAAAGUUCCCGGCCUGCAACGCCCGGAAGGCAAUUUGAGGGCGUAAAUCCAGCACCUGGUGGUUACUUGACGAGUCCGAAGAUUCUGCGGUACUACAACCGCCUCCGCGACGGGCAAGCCAACGACAAGCUUCUGGGACAACUUUUGGCCGAGGGGAAGAAGGAGCCACCAAAGUUUGUCGAGCAACUGGCCGCCGCCCGGGACCAUGUGGGGCAGACUCUUUUGCACCUGGUCGCGGAUUACGAGUCGCCCAACGCCAGCAAGCUGAUUGCCUGGCUCGUGAAGGAGGCCGCGGUCCCGAUAGACGCGCUGGACUUCCAACCUCCCUGCUCCACCGCGCUGCUCCGGGCCUGCCGCAAGAAGCACGUGCAGACGGUGAAGGUCUUGCUGGAUUGCGGGGCCAGUUUCACCAAGCGCGAUUCCCUCGGCUGCACGCCGGCGAUCGUGUGCGCGCGCGAGAACGUCCGGGACGCGCUCUGGAUCUUGCUGAACCGGGAUGAAAGUGUGCUGUACCAGACGGACGCACAGUUCGCGAACGCGAUCCACUGGGCCUGUACGAAGGGCCAGACCAGCAUCGUCCGGUAUUUGGCCGACUUGAAGGCUGACUUCACACACGUCGACGAACAAGGAAACACCGCGCUCCUGCGAGCAAUACAGGCCGAGGAACUCGGUAUAAGUAGAUGAAAGUCUGCUCCUGAGCAGGAGCACAAACUGACUUCUUGAAAAUAUAAGACCGGCGCGUUUUUUGCAAUUUGAUUUCAUGAAAUUAUGGCUUUAAUCCGAAGGCGAUCUUCGGAGAACACGCUGAGGAGUUUGGGACGAUGCUGGCUAACUUGUACUCAAUCGAUGUAAUUUCAGGUAUAGCGCAGUUGUUGAUUGAGCGCAAGCUUUGUUCGGUGUACGAUAGAAACACUGCUGGCGUGGACGCGUUCGGGAUGGCAGCGAGCCGCGGGGCCCUCGUGAACAAACAGUUUGUGGAGAUCUACGAUUUCAUGCUCGCGUCCGCCCACAAGCUGGAAGAUGACCCGGAACGAGAUCACAAAGACGACGCAGAGGACGAGGAGGACGCCGCAAAGAAAAUCAACGAAAUGUUCAUCGACCAGGAGGAGCAUUCGAGCAAAACAAGCAAAGAGAUGACCCAUGACCAUAACAAGGAAGACACAGGGGGUGCCCGCAUGCGUGGCGGCGGCAAGAGGAGAUACCUCAAAGCGAAAGUUUCCAAGAUCAUCAGCCUGAUCCGCAUGCCGAAGAAGCGCGUCUGGGCCGGCCAGCAGCUGCGCGUCCUGCGGCGGAAGACGGGACGCGCGCUCAAGUCGUGGGCGCCGCCCCUCACGAUCGCUUUUUGCCUGGCGCUCAGUUGCGCUUUCCGUAGCCACCUAGAGGCUGAGCAAAUGGCCGCAGUGGUCGCGGCAGACAGUGCGGCUCAUCUUGCGCCUGCUUCGUCUGCGGGCCAAAAGGAUGGCAGUCCGUCCCCUCUGGACAGCGAUGAGAUUGACCUGGCAGCUGUCAGAACUGAGUUAUCCACCGCCACCUCGAGCAGCAGCUACACGGCCGCGCCCGGCGAGCAGCGGGGGUCCGGAGUACAACCCGCGGCGCAGCCCACGAUCUCUGCCGUCUCCUGGUUGUUGUCCGUACUAGUGUCCCGCGUGUUAUCCGCGACCCAGCUGCUCAUGAGUGGCCUGUUCCUUCUCUUGCUCGUGAAAAACCCCGGAACCGUACCGAAGGCCGUGGACGGGCGGCAGGCCCUGCUGCGGCACUUCAAGCAACUGGACAGCAACAAGCUGCUGGCGCAGGACGACGCGGUGGUGAAGCAGCUGCGGAGCUUCCGGUACUGCGAAACCUGUCACAUCGAGAAGCACUUGCGGGUCAAGCACUGCCGCGUUUACGACCGGUGCAUUGAGGAGUUCGACCACCACUGCAUGUGGAUCAACAACGCGGUGGGAAAGGGCACGCACAGAUGGUUCAUCCUCUUCCUCCUCGCGACAAUAUUGCAUUGUGCGGUCAGUCUCUUCGUCUACAUGCACGCCAGCGUCUCGGAGGUGCGGCUUUUGCUGUUUCAGCACGUCGCUUUGAAAGAGGAGGAUUAUAGCACAUUGUUGAAGGGUAGUUCUUCACAGGAGACAGGGGGCGCCAUUGUAGUCCCGGACGAAGGUGGAACUCCGGAAUUAAACAUGGCAGCUGCAGCAUCUGCGGCCGCUUCAACAACAACUUCCGCGGCCACCGCCGGCAGUUUUCUGUGGAGCUCGCUCAGUACAUUCUUCUCCCUAGCGAUACUGGUUGUGGCGGUUUUGCAGCAUGCCCUCUUUCUCGUCUGGGUCUGGAAGUUGUGGCGCAGGCAGGCCAGCUUGAUCGGGCAGAAUUUGACACUCAACGAAAGUGAGAACAAGAUUCGCUACGACCACUUUUGGGUGAAAAAAGACGUGGAGUUGGGCGGAAAACUCGAGUUCGUGAAUCCCUUCGACUUGGGCUCCCGACGAGCCAAUUGGAUGGCGUUUUUACGCGCAAACCGCUCGGUCCAGGCCAAAGCGCCCAAAUCCAUGUCGCGAGUCCUCUGACCGGUUUGGCCAUGCUGAAAAAGUGAACGAUUUUUUCAAAUUGAAAUUUGAAACGGCACGCCUUCGUGGAGAAUGUGUAGAGUCAGGCAAGAAGUGUGGCAUGUGUUGUUCCAAGAAGCACUAGCACUACGCAUUGCUGUGAAGCAUGAAAUGUUAGAAAAAUUGCGAUCGCUGCAGCUGCACCAGCUUUUUACAGAGAAUACAGAGAAUCAAAAAGGCAAACAAGAACAGAGACAAAAUGAUUCGGCCAUGGUCGGCUGCGCGCUGAAAUUGUGUGCGGAAAAUGAAAAUCAAAAUUGGAAUUGGAAUAAAUGUACGUGAAUGUUCAUGGUUUUGAUUGGCGUUGGGUGCAUAUUAAUGCGCAUCUCUACGUAAUGAUCUCUAUGUUGAGCAAAGAGGGCUGAGCCUCGGCAAACUGUAGGAAGGUACUUGUGGAAUCACAAUGUUG